AUGGUUGCAAGAAAGAUGGAUGUUUUGGUCUACUCAGGCAAUGGAAGUACAAUUGAAUCCGUUCGCCACUGCCUUUAUACUUUACGGCGUUUGCUCUCGCCAAGUUACGCUGUGAUUCCAGUCAGUGAUACUAUCAUUCUCAAAGAACCUUGGACUGCUUCUUGCGCUCUUCUUGUAUUCCCAGGGGGUGCUGACCAAGGAUAUUGUCGCUCCCUCAAUGGCGAAGGCAACAGACGAAUCUCCCAAUACGUUCGUAGAGGUGGCGCCUAUCUUGGAUUUUGUGCUGGGGGCUACUAUGGCACCUCCAAAUGUGAGUUUGAGGUCGGAAAUAGGCCGCUAGAGGUUGUUGGACCACGAGAAUUACAAUUCUAUCCGGGCAUCUCCCGAGGAUGUGCUUUCAAAGGAUUUGUGUACCAUAGUGAGGAAGGUGCAAAGGCUGCAGAGAUCAAGAUCGGGGACGGACUUCUCAAUGAAAAUGUUUCUCAAAGUUUCAAAUUAUACUACAACGGCGGAGGAGUCUUCGUUGAUGCAGGAAAAUUCAAGGAUAGAGGAGUUGAAACGCUUGCCACCUAUGUACAUCCACUUGAUGUCGACGGCGGAGAAGACCCCGCAGCGGUUGUCUAUUGCAAGGUUGGUGAAGGCGGAGCAAUAUUGACAGGGCCUCAUCCAGAGUUUGCUGCCGUGAAUCUUGACCCCACGAUAAAGAUACCCGGUUACGCUGAUAUUGUGAAGGAUUUGGCUGCGGAUGACGACGCCCGAACGGAGUUUUUGAAAGGAUGUCUAUUGAAGCUAGGAUUGUCAGUGAGCGAAGAAUCAUCCACGGUGCCGUCCCUCUCUCGCCUUCAUCUUUCAUCUGUUCAUCCGCAUCUGGUUCCAGAGUUAUUGGCUUCUUGGGAAGAAAUCAUCGACAAGGAGAACGGUGAAGAGAUUAUCAAGGGCGAGAACGACACAUUUCAUAUAGAAAAGCAAGAGAGUAGCUGGUCCGUUGAAUCGUUAGUAGAGUCACUUCCAGCUUCGGCUGUUUCCGCAAAAGAGGAAAACCCAAAUGUUGCGUCAGCUGCAUCAGGUGAUGGAAUUAUUGAUUAUAAUGCUAUUCCGAAACGACUCAUUCCGCAUGAGACUAGUUGGCCUGGCACAAAGGAAACACCAUGUUUCAAUCACCAUUUGUUUUACUCCAAUUUGAGAAACUACCAGCAAGAAAAAUCCAGCGAAGCCGAAGAGUUUGGAAACACGCUACUAUAUGGAGAGGUUGUUACUAGUACCAAUACAAUGUUAGAAAAGAAUUCGAAGCUUCUUUCUAGAGUUCCUACGGGCUUUACUUUUACGGCUACAACUCAAGUUGCUGGACGUGGCCGCGGUUCAAAUGUUUGGGUUUCCCCUCUAGGAUGCUUGAUCUGGUCGGUUUGCAUGAAACACCCUAUGGAACUUGGAAACACAGCGCCGGUUGUCUUCAUACAGUAUCUCGCAGCAAUAGCCAUUGUUGAAGCUAUUCAUUCAUAUGACAAGGGUUAUGAUACAGUCCCUAUUAAGCUCAAGUGGCCAAACGAUAUUUAUGCCCAAGAUCCAUCCAAGCCCGGAAAGAAAGAAUAUGUCAAAGUUGGCGGCAUCCUUGUUAAUUCCUCAUAUUCAUCCGGAAACUACGAUUUAGUCGUAGGUAUCGGUCUCAACACCACAAACGCCGCUCCAACAACAUCACUCAGCGCUCUCUUACCCCCGCAUCUGGCACCUUUCUCCCUCGAAAAACUUCUCGCUCGUUUCCUCACAAAAUUUGAAACCAUCUAUAAAACGUUCUGUCGAAAUGGCUUCGAUCGGAAGCUAGAAGAGGUAUAUUACAAACACUGGUUACAUACUGAUCAAAUCGUUACUCUGGAGACGGAAGGUGGCGCGAGAGCUAUUAUCAGGGGAAUCACUACGAAUUGGGGAUUACUACGCGCCGAAGAAUUGGGUUGGGAAGAUAGACCUACCGGUAAGGUUUGGGAGUUGCAGAGUGAUAGUAAUAGCUUUGAUUUCUUGAAAGGUUUGUUGAAGCGGAAGGUUUGA